AUGCCCACAGUCCAGGAACUACUUCCCUUUUUAAUCACUUUCGCUAUUAUCGCAGGCACAUAUUAUGCUUUCACCACAAAAAGACAAAUAUUAGAUCCUAAAGUUUUUAAAAGUUUCAAGCUGAUUGAAAAGAUUCCAGUAACAUACAACACAUCAAAAUAUCGUUUCAAACUUCCUCACCCAGACGAUGUAUUAGGACUUCCUGUUGGACAGCACAUUUCAAUAAUGGCAGAAAUAAAUGGAAAGCAGAUUUCUAGAAGUUACACACCAGUUACCCCUGAAGAAGGGCGUGGACAUUUCGAUUUAGUUAUCAAGUCAUACCCCACUGGAAAUAUCUCGAAAUUAAUGGGCGAACUUCAAGUAGGAGAUUCGAUUGGAAUAAGAGGCCCAAAAGGAAAUUUUGCCUACAAGUCAAAUAUGGUGAAAUCUAUUGGUAUGAUUGCAGGUGGUACGGGUAUCACUCCAAUGCUUCAAAUUAUUCGUAGAAUAUGCAACGACCCACUGGAUAAAACAAAAGUCAGUCUAUUAUUUGCCAAUGUAACCGAAGAAGAUAUUUUAUUAAGAAAAGAGUUAGAUGAAAUCGCUAAAUCCUCACCAGACAACUUUCAAGUUCAUUACGUAUUAGAGAAACCGCCUAACAAUUGGACUGGCGAAGCUGGCUUUGUCACCAAAGAAAUGAUUGAAAAAUAUUGUCCAAAACCAUCCAACGAUAUCAAACUUUUACUAUGUGGUCCCCUGGCCAUGAUAAAAUCAUUAACCACUGCAACAAACGAGCUGGGUUAUCAAAAACCUAGGGCUGUCUCAAAAAUGGAAGAUCAGGUCUAUAAAUUCUAG